CCAGUCGGCCAUGGACGUUCGAACCGGUAUUAUGUAUUAACAAAAACUUUAAAUAAAUUAUAAGCAAAAUAAUAAACAUGUUUGAUUAUAAAUAUUUAAGUGUGAAACAUCUCAAGGGGUUCAAUAAUUAUAAGUACAGCGCAAUCGACACAAGUCCACUCAGCAAAUAUGUGAUGCACCCAACAUGGAACACCCUGGUAAAGAUUGUGCCCAGAUGGGUGGCUCCGAACCUCCUCACCUUCGCUGGUUUCCUCUGCAUGCUGGUAAAUGUAGUAUUGCUGACGAUAUACGACUAUGACUUAACAGCAUCAGCUGAUGGCGCCCAAGGUUUACCCAGGGGCAUAUUUACCCUUUGUGGGGUUUUAUUGUUUUUAGCUUAUCACUUAGAUGGCAUAGAUGGCAAACAGGCAAGACGAAUCGGUGUUUCUGGUCCUCUCGGAGAGAUGUUUGACCAUGGAAUAGACUCCUAUAUUGUCUUUCUGAUACCCUUCUGUCUCUUCUCCGUGUUUGGACGUGAUAGGUACUCUAUACCAGAGUUCAGUAUAACCAGGGAUCGAACCUACGAUCUCAAGGAUAAAAUUCGCAUGCUGAAAGUCCAGGUAGCCAGUAUAAUAUUUCUGGUGGCAGGUGUGAAUGGCCCAGAAGUAUACAAAACCUAUGUUUAUGGAGAAUUAACGUUCGUUCAGGGUCUGGAGCUGGCAAUCCACACGACUGGACUCUUCACAACAUUACCCGUCGCUGUUUAUAAUGUUUAUCUGUCGUACAAGAAACGGACGGGUAAAAUGCAUCCAUUAGUCGAUGCUUUGAGACCCUUAUGGCCCAUGUUGAUAAUGACAAGUCUUAUGACGACGUGGGCUGCUAGCAGUGAUAUAAUGAUGCGGGAUUUGAGGGCGUUCCUGAUGCUCUUCGGAACUCUUUUCAGCAAUAUUGCGAGUCGUCUCAUAGUUGCCGAGAUGAGUGAUCAAUGCUGCGACACAAUUUCAUGGUUAAAUAUACCUUUGGCGUUUGGAAUUGGACUGGCGAUACAACUACCUGGCUACGAACUGGCCAUUUUGUAUAUUCUGACAGCUUUUACCAUCAGCGCUCAUAUACACUACGGCGUUUGUGUGGUCCGCCAAAUGUGUGAUCACUUCAAAAUACAAUGCUUCAGAGUACCCAAAGACAAGAGAAAAUAGAAAUUAAUUAGGAAUUCCAUAUUUAAAUAUAUUUAAUUAAAACCAAUAUUGUCUUAGUUAUUAUA